AUGGCUCCUCCACUGAGCGAGUCCACCCCAAGCGAAGGAAGCAGCGCAAUCGAGAUCAUCCAACACGGCCACAAGGACCUCGUCCAAGCGAUCGCCUUCAACGCCUAUGGAGACAGAUGCGCGACCGGAGGUGUCGACGGCAAGAUCCGCGUGUUCAACAGGCAUAGAGAUGGUAUCUGGCGACUAUGCGACAACUGGGCGGCACAUGGAGGCGAGAUAUUAGAGCUCCAAUGGCUCCCACCCACCAUCUACCCGAACCUCCUUGCCUCCCUCGGUAUCGAAGGCAAAUUCAAGCUAUGGGCCGAAGACCCUUCUGCGGCGCCCGGAAAGCGAUUCAGCUCGCGCGCGGGUAACGGCAGGGCGAUUUCGGAGAUUCGAUCCGGUCGACAUCCCUUCCGAUCCUUCUCCGUCAAGCACGACGAAGUGUCGAGGUGUACCUACUUUGCGCUCCUCGCCGCCGAUGGACACCUGUCCGUAUACGAAAGCGAAGAGCCCGAGACCCUGACCGACUACACCAAGAUCGAUGACUUCCAGGCUUGCACCAAGCCGACCCGUGGGGACGAGACGUGCUUCAAGGUCCGCUUCGACCCGAAUCCCGAACCGUGUUAUACCGCUUUGAGGGCCGGCGUGCCGCAAGACGCCCUCAGUCUGGUGGUGUCUGGAAUUCAGGCUGUGAAGAUCUUCAGGACGCGGGAUACCGUCGCGAGUUCUUUCGGUGCAGCAACGCGGGCACGAGAGUUCUACCUGGCUAUCGAGAUCACCGCGCAUCAGCAUCUAGUGCGCGAUGUUGCCUGGGCGCCAGGCAACUACAGAGGGUACGACAUGAUUGCAACUGCGUGUCAAGAUGGCUUUGUGAGGGUCUUUCGUAUCGACACGCCAUUCUCCAAUGACGACGGCAAGACCUGGUCAGUGGCAGACGUCACGGGGAAUGGCAAGACAGACGACCACACUAUCGCCUCCAAAGGCAUCCACGCUCGGCGGCAGUCGCAAGCGCCAUCUGGUAUACGAGCCGAGAUAGACAAAUCUGGAACCCACGGCGAGAGGACCUCGGCAGGCCAGCCCGGUCAAGUCGAGCACACAGUCAUCGAGCUGUCAAAGCUUGACUGCCAUAGAUCUCCUGUCUGGAGGGUCGGCUUUGAUGACGACGGCCAAAUCUUGGGCAGUGUUGGAGACGAAGGGAAGCUCAUGUGCUACCGCCAGACUCCCAGUGGAUCGUGGGCGAAGAGCUCCGAGCUUGGCAUGAUGAAGACAAAGAUGACUGCCCCCGUAUGA